AUGACGAUGAUGCAGGGGUUUGAGUGGUAUGUGCCGGCUGAUCAAAAACACUGGAAGCGCCUCGCGGAGCAAAUCCCGCAACUGAAGGCCUGGGGCAUCGACAACAUUUGGAUACCUCCUGGCUGCAAGGCUUCCAGCAAGGAUGGCAAUGGCUAUGACAUUUAUGACUUAUAUGACAUUGGCGAAUUUGACCAAAAGGGCUCCGUGGGUACGAAAUGGGGCACCAAGGCGGAGCUUGAGACACUCUGCAGGACCGCGAAUGACAACGGCGUUGGCAUUUACUGGGAUGCCGUGCUCAACCAUCGCUUCGCUGCUGACCACAGAGAGAAGUGCGAAGCAGUGGAGGUCGAUCCCGACGACCGAACCAAGGUUGUUAGUGACCCUUAUGAGAUUGACGCCUGGGUGGGCUAUGACUUUCCCGGCAGAGGCGACACGUACAGCAAGCAAAAGUACCAUUGGUAUCACUUCAGCGGCGUCGACUACAAUGCAGCGAACAAGAAGUCGGCCAUCUAUAAGAUUCUCGGUGAGAAGUCAGACGGGCAGUGGGCAGAGACGCCGGACGUCGAUGACGAAAAGGGCAAUUAUGACUACCUCAUGGGGUCAGACUUGGACUACGACCACCCGGAAGUUGAGGCGGACGUCCUGGCCUGGGGUAAAUGGUUAGCCGACACUCUGCCCCUCAAAGGCAUGCGCUUUGAUGCCAUCAAGCACUUCAGCGCCGAAUUUCUUGAGAAAUUCGUGAAGCAGAUGGACGAAAAGUACGGCAAGGGCUGGUUCUUCGUUGGCGAAUUCUGGAAAGACAGCCUCGAAGACAUGCACAGCUACCUUGACCGGAUGGACAAAAAGUUCUCGCUAUUCGACGCGCCUCUCGUGCACAACUUUAGCGCCAUCAGUCAAGCCGACGGUGCGGACAUUCGCCAAGUGUUCGACAAUACCCUAGUACAGUCCAGUCCCGUGAACGCUGUCACUCUCGUUAUGAACCACGACACGCAGCCCUACCAGGCCCUUGAGGCCCCAAUCGCCGAUUGGUUCAAGCCCAUCGCAUACUCAUUGAUACUUCUGCGCGGCGAGGGCUAUCCCUGCGUUUGGUACGGCGACGUCUAUGGCAUCAAGGGCGAGCACGAGUUCCCACCUUCAUGUGGAGGCAUGCUUCCGCACUUGAUGCUCGCGAGAAAGCUCUACGCCUACGGGAAGCAGGCAGACUACUUCGACUACGCUACAUGUUUGGGCUGGGUGCGAUACGGCACCCACGACAGGCCGGCGGGAAUGGCGGUCGUACUCAGCAAUGCGGGCCCUGGAGCCAAGCGGAUGCAUGUCGGCGAGAUGCACGCAGGUGAAAAAUGGACUGAUGUUUUGGGCUGGGCAGAUGGUGAGGUCGUCAUUGGAGAGGAUGGCUUUGGCGACUUUACAUGUGGGCAAUGCAGUGCGAGCGUCUGGGUGCGGUGCAAUGCGGCUGGGCGGGACAGGUUCAACGAGACAAAAUUCAACAGCAGCAUUUACGAAUAAAGGGGGAUCACUUCUAUACGAAGCACAGAC